AUGUCAUCAAGACGUGGAGAAUAUGGCUACCGAGAUGGAUCGGUACAGUUUCCACGACGUUCCUCUCGAGAGAGGCAAGCGAUUUAUAUGAGCUUGGAUGAAAAUUUCCUUCUCAGUAAUUCCACGGGGGAUUCACUGUUACGCUCUCUGGUCGAUCGAGCCAAUAGAUCGCGAAAUCCAAUAAAUAGUUCAUAUAUGCUACCUCAUACCUUCCGCUAUUCGACUAGAUCAAAAGACAGGAUCUAUGUUGAUACAUACGGUGUUCCGACGAAUGGACAGAGUGAUGUUGAUGAUGAUUUCGAAGAUUGUAUGAUGCAUUCAAAAAUCCGGAAGAAAUCGAGGUCGAAACCGUCAUCUCCAGUUGAUGACGAAGUUAACUACCCGGCUUCAGAUUCAGCUGCAGAAGAUUCACGCCCUAUACUGGCAAAUUCAUUAGCUGCAUCUGAUACUAAACAGGAAAUUGUAGAGCCAAAUAUGUAUGAAGGCGUGAAACAGCGACGUCAGGCAAAGAAGCAGGCUACACUUGUUGCUCAAAAAAAAGCCAAAAAUGCUGUGGCAUGCAAUUCACUUCGUAGGCGACAGCCUAAAAAAGAAGAUUCAGAAGAUGGUGACGAAGAUCGAACGAAUGAUGCUCCGGAAGACGAUGAUGAGUCGGAUGAAAAUGAGCCUCGACAUUAUGCAUUAAGGACGCAUAUCAAUCCAGUAGCACGAUUUUGUGUUGAACCGCGUGCUCAAACUACUCGUACAUAUACCGUUCGACGUGAACUUUUGAAUAAUGACUUAGGAGGAUCACGAUCACGACGAAAACCACUCUUUGGUAGGAGUAAUUCAUCAUCUACUUCAUCUGAAAGUUCCACAGAGGCUAACGAGGAUACUCGAUUUCAAUGUCAUCGUUUGCGAAGAAUGAAGAAGUCUAGAGCUCAACUGCGUCCGGUCAAUAGUGAUGAUCUGUCAUAUACAAUUGGCGUGCGUGAAUUAAUCCGUCGUAAAGCUGGAGCGGCUAAUAUUUCCGGUUCAGAUAUUGAUCCCAUGCACAUUGAUCGCAGCAUUGAUUUUAGCAAAAUUGGUGGUUUGGAUUGUCACAUACAAUCUUUGAAAGAAGUGGUUCUUUUCCCGUUACUGUAUGGUGAAAUUUUUUCUCAAUUCAGUAUUCAACCGCCGAAAGGAGUUCUUUUUUAUGGACCACCAGGCACGGGAAAGACACUUGUAGCACGUGCGUUAGCCAAUUCAUGCAGUGAUGGUGAUAAAAAAGUAGCAUUUUUCAUGCGCAAAGGAGCCGAUAUUUUGAGUAAAUGGAUAGGCGAGUCUGAACGACAGUUAAGAGCCCUUUUCGAACAAGCUUUCGUAAUGCGUCCUUCCAUAAUAUUUUUUGAUGAAAUCGAUGGUUUGGCCCCAGUUCGAAGUUCAAAACAGGAUCAAAUCCAUAGCUCCAUUGUUUCAACUUUGUUGGCACUUAUGGAUGGGUUGGACAGUCGCUGCGAGGUUGUUGUAAUCGGAGCAACUAAUAGGAUAGAUGCCAUCGAUCCUGCAUUGAGGCGUCCUGGUCGAUUUGAUCGAGAGUUAAGCUUCCGUUUACCUCAUAAAAAUGCGAGAUUGGAAAUUUUAAAAAUUCAUACGUCAUCAUGGGGUAUUAAUCGACCAUCAGACAACAUUUUUAAAUGGCUCUCUGAGCGCACAUCGGGAUAUUGUGGCGCCGAUUUAAAGUCGCUUUGUACGGAAGCAGUUCUUACUGCUCUUCGAUCUCAAUUUCCUCAAAUCUAUUCAUCUAAAGAAAAAGUCUGCAUCGAUCCUAAAGCACUGAAAGUGGAAAAGAAAGAUUUCGAUAUUGCUAUGCGACGCAUUGUACCAGCUGGUCGAAGAGAUUUCACUAUACCUUCGCGAAUUUUGGAUGACAGACUCAAAAUAUUGUUAGAACAUGUGAUCGCUGUAAUAUGUCAUCGCAUUCCUAAAGGUUAUCACGAUGUAAUUGAUAACGACCGAGAGUUGGAUGGUAUCGAGCGAAUCCUAAAAACAGUUUAUUCAACUCCUGCUGUACCGUCUGCUCGUUUAUUGCUUUGUGGUUCCUCCAGUAAUAUAGGUCAAACGUCGUACAUCUUACCUGUUAUCAUAAAUCACCUGGAUCAUCUCCCGGUGUUUUCACUUUCAAUGGCCAACCUCUUCUCUUACGGCUUACCAGAAGAACGUUUUUCUCAUUGUGUGCAAUCAGCUAUUCGAGCUUCAUCAAGCGGAACACCUUGUUUACUGUUAAUUCCUUCCAUUGACAGGUGGUAUUCGUCAGUACCUUCAUCAGUUUGGAAUCUGCUUUUAUCUGCUGUCAGUUCAUUUACGGGUUUCACCUCCAUCUUUCUUCUUUCGACAGCAGAAUGUAGCUAUUCAGAACUACCUGCCGAGAUUCAAUUGGUGUUUCGUUCUCAAGAUUCAAUAGAAAUAACUCCACCUCCAGCUGACCGACUCGAAGCUUAUUUUCGGCACGUUAUUGUCGAACCAGCUUGUACUCCACCCAUAACAUUUAACGCUGACGAAUAUCCUCCACUUGCAAAAGCUGACAUGGUACAACCUUCGAACCAACUCAGCAGUGAUGAGAUUAAAGAACUGAAGAAGCUUUAUGAUCAGUAUCAUUUAGAAGUUAUCCUUCAUUACGAAGAAACUAUUGCUCGUUUAAUCCGUGACCGUCGAUUCAGUGCAUUUGUACAACCAGUAGAUCCUGUAGAUGUACCCGAUUAUUAUACGCAUAUUAAAAGUCCUAUGGAUCUAGGCACUAUGUUUUCAAAAGCAUCUAGUUAUAAGACACCUGACGAAUUCCUUAAUGAUUUCCGACUGAUUCAUCAAAAUGCAGUGGAAUAUAAUCCAAUGACUGAUUAUGAAGGACGUCAGAUUCGUCUUAUGGCAAAAUUGUUAUUGGAUAUGGGCCAGCGAGCAGUUCUGGAAUUGGAUUCGAAGUUCUUGAAGCGUCUGGAGGAUGUGAAAAGGAUGUUAAAAGAAAAUGGCAUUAUGGUGGGUGAUGACGAUCGUGGAAAACAAUUGAGUGGAUAUGUAGCGAAUAACUGUGAAGUUCAUAUGAAGGGCGGUCAAGUAGAAACAAAUAUACCAAAAGAUUUAAAGAAAACAGGCAUCAAGCGACGUGGGUUGCACACUUAUAAAUUGUCUCGAAAACGGCGUUGUAUCAAGAAAUCACUUAGAAAGUGCCGUACAAGCCAUCCCAAUUUGAGCAGUCAAAUCGAAGGUAUUGAUAUUGAAAAUAGUGUGCUAAGUGAAGGUGACCAGCUUGUAACGGAUGAUGACAAGGAUUUUGAGAAUGGACAGUAUAUAAAUGCUAUCAGUUCAAAUUCAAAUCGUGAAAUGGGUACUAUUAAAGAAAGUAAACGAAAUCUUAAAAUCGAUCUCAAUAAACUCGAUGUUGUAGUCCAUAUGGCCGUGAACAAAAGUCGCGGUUGGCCAUUGGUGGAUUUGGAACUUUUUGCUGCGAAGAUUUCGGAGAUUGUUGAGACAUUCCGUGAUAAAUGGGAUCGUACGCAGUUGCCAUAUGAAAUCGAUGGAAUGAUCCGUAAUUGGAGCUCUUCGGAAUGA